CGUGGUUCCUCCCAUUUCAUGCUUCUUAUCUCACACAUUUUCCCUAUAAUAGCUUUAAUUUUCAUUUCGUUGGUUUUCUCUCUUCUUUCAUUGAACUAGGUACGUGUUACUUUGUUAAAUAAUUCAUCUUCGUUUCCGCUUUAUCAUCUUUGUCGUAUACUUUUCUCUGUUGAAAAGCAUGUCCAGCAUUUUGCAUGUUUACUCAAGUUGCAGAGAGUCCAUACUCGAUGUGCCAGCCACCCUUGGCAGACACAACAAGAGAUGGCACUUGGCCUUUGCUACAAUCUAUUGUUCCAGGGCCCUACAUUCUCUUCUCAACAAGAAGAAGAGCAGCAAACCCCCGGUUUCUACUCAUUCCUUUGUUGUCCUCAGUGUUGAGCCCCACCUUGCCUUCCCAAACAUUGAUCACACAAGUCUCACUGCAGUAGUGAAAGAGAAAAACUUAGACCAACUUCGCGAAUUGGGAGGAGUUGAAGGUGUGGCUGAUGCUCUAAAGACAGAUACCAAAAAUGGCAUCCAUGGUGCUGUUGAAGAUGUAUCUGAAAGGCAGGAAACGUUCGGUUCAAACACAUACCCGAGGCCGCCUACUAAAAGCUUCUUCUACUUUGUGUUGGAAGCUUUUAAGGAUCUUACCAUUCUCAUACUUCUAGCUUGUGCCGCACUCUCCCUCGGUUUCGGAAUUAAAGAGCACGGGCCGAAGGAAGGGUGGUAUGAUGGUGGAAGCAUAUUCGUUGCUGUCUUUCUAGUCAUUUCUGUCUCUGCUGUGAGUAACUUCAGGCAAAACCGACAGUUCGAAAAGUUGUCUAAAGUCAGCAACAACAUCGAGGUUGAAGUCGUUCGAGGUGGGCAUCGUCAGAAGAUUUCUAUAUUUGAUAUCGUUGUUGGAGAUGUGGCUUGCUUAAAAAUUGGUGACCAAGUUCCGGCUGAUGGAUUAUUCUUGGCCGGGCAUUCACUACAAGUGGAUGAAUCCAGCAUGACCGGGGAGAGCGACCAUGUAGAGAUUAAUAGCAGCCAGAAUCCAUUUUUGUUUUCUGGAACCAAAGUGGCUGAUGGAUAUGCCCAGAUGCUUGUGACUUCUGUUGGUAUGAACACAACAUGGGGGGAGAUGAUGAGCACAAUCAGCCGCGACAAUAAUGAACAGACACCCCUACAGGCCCGUCUUAACAAGCUAACUUCAUCGAUAGGUAAGGUUGGUUUGGCUGUUGCUUUUCUAGUUCUUGUCGUGUUGGUGGUUCGCUACUUCACAGGGAAUACAGAAGAUGAGAACGGAAAUCAGGAGUUCAAUGGCAGCAAGACAAAGGCUGAUGAUAUAGUGAAUGCCAUGGUCAGAAUCAUUGCUGCAGCAGUUACCAUUGUCGUUGUGGCAAUUCCAGAAGGCUUGCCUUUGGCCGUCACACUCACCCUUGCUUAUUCAAUGAAGAGAAUGAUGGCUGACCAGGCUAUGGUUCGAAAGCUCUCCGCCUGUGAGACCAUGGGCUCUGCAACUACAAUUUGUACUGAUAAAACAGGCACCCUCACUCUGAACCAGAUGAAGGUGACAAAGUAUUGGCUUGGAAAAGAACCUGUUGAAGAUUCCUCUUCAAUUGCGACAAACGUUCUCAAGCUGAUUCAACAAGGAGUGGCCUUGAACACAACUGGUAGCAUUUACAGGGCCACUUCAAAAUCUGAAUUUGAGUUCUCUGGUAGUCCCACAGAAAAAGCCUUACUUUCUUGGGCUGUUCUGGAACUUGACAUGGACAUGGAGAGACUAAAGCAGAAUUAUACCAUUCUUCAUGUAGAAGCCUUCAAUUCAGAGAAGAAAAGAAGCGGAAUUUUGAUGAGGAAGAAGGCUGACAACAAAAUACAUGUGCACUGGAAGGGAGCAGCAGAGAUGAUAUUAGCAAUGUGUUCAAGUUACUAUGAUGCUUCUGGAAGCAUGAAAGAACUGGAUGAUGGUGAAAGGAUGACAUUUGAGCAAAUAAUUCAAGGUAUGGCCGCUAGCAGCCUCCGUUGCAUUGCUUUUGCACAUAAACAAAUUCCAGAGGAAGAACAGGAAAUUAGGGAAGGCCGGCAAAAGCUAAAAGAACACAGCUUGACCCUCAUUGGCCUUGUGGGGAUAAAGGACCCAUGUAGACCAGGGGUGAGAAAAGCUGUGGAGGAUUGCCAAUACGCUGGAGUGAAUGUCAAAAUGAUUACCGGCGAUAAUGUCUUCACUGCAAGAGCAAUAGCCACUGAAUGUGGAAUACUGAGACCCGAUCAAGACAUGAACAGUGAAGCAGUAGUAGAAGGUGAGGUAUUUCGGAAGUACACCUCAGAGGAGAGAAUGGAGAAAGUUGAUAAAAUCUGUGUGAUGGCUAGAUCCUCUCCCUUUGAUAAACUUCUCAUGGUUCAGUGCCUGAAACAGAAAGGCCAUGUGGUUGCAGUGACAGGUGAUGGCACAAAUGAUGCACCAGCAUUAAAAGAAGCUGACAUAGGCCUUUCCAUGGGGAUUCAGGGCACGGAAGUUGCAAAGGAGAGUUCAGAUAUCAUCAUCUUGGAUGAUAAUUUUGCUUCAGUGGCAACAGUUUUGAGAUGGGGAAGAUGUGUUUAUGACAACAUCCAGAAAUUCAUCCAGUUUCAGCUGACCGUGAAUGUUGCAGCCCUUGUAAUCAACUUUGUGGCAGCAGUUUCAGCUGGUGAGGUCCCAUUGACAGCAGUGCAGUUAUUGUGGGUUAACUUGAUCAUGGACACAUUAGGUGCCCUGGCCCUUGCCACAGAGCAACCCACCAAGGAGCUGAUGGAGAAACCACCCGUGGGUCGGAAGGAACCACUUAUCUCCAACGUCAUGUGGCGGAAUCUAUUAGCCCAAGCUUUGUAUCAGAUAGCCAUCCUCUUGACCCUACAGUUCAAAGGACAAUCAAUCUUUGGGGUGAGCGAGAAGGUAAAGGAUACCUUGAUAUUCAAUACUUUUGUGCUUUGCCAAGUCUUCAAUGAAUUCAAUGCAAGGAAGCUGGAGAAGAAGAACGUGUUUAAGGGGUUACAUAAGAACAAGCUAUUUCUGGGGAUAAUUGGGAUAACCAUUAUCCUUCAGGUGGUUAUGGUGGAGUUUUUGAAGAAAUUUGCAGAUACAGAGAGGUUGGAUUGGGGACAAUGGGGUGCAUGCAUUGGAAUUGCUGCAGCAUCUUGGCCAAUCGGUUGGGUUGUCAAGUGCAUACCUGUUUCAGAUAAACCAUUCCUAAGCUAUCUAAAGUGGUAGGAGCAUCGGUUGACAUAUACAGAUUAUUUUUUAUACUCAAACUUUCCUGUACAAAGCAGUAUCUAUUCAUGUAUUAGAAUAUUCUUUUCAUCCUCAUUGUGGAUUUGUAAUCGAUGUAUGGUUGAACUUACAAAAAUUAUAUGAAUUUUUUUAAAAAUCAUAGUCAUUUCUUA